UACUACCCGGCGCCGAGGCGGAGGGGGGAAGCGGCGCCCGCCCCUGGCUCCGAGGCCGCGAGCAGCCGCGGGCCCCCCGCUCCGUGGCCGCGCCGACCCACGCCGCCGCGUCCCCACCCUCUUCCGGCCCUGGCUGCCCGGGCCGCGUUCGCUCCUGCCGGUGGAUGCUGCGCCUCUCGGAGCGGAACAUGAAGCUCCUUUUCGCCGCCGCCCUCAUUGUGGGCUCCGUCUUCUUCCUGCUGCUGCCAGGACCCUCUGUGGCGGAUGAGAAGAAGAAGGGACCCAAAGUCACCGUCAAGGUGUACUUUGACCUACGAAUUGGAGAUGAAGAUGUAGGCCGGGUGGUCUUUGGUCUCUUUGGAAAGACUGUUCCAAAAACAGUGGAUAAUUUUGUGGCCUUAGCCACGGGAGAGAAAGGAUUUGGAUACAAAAACAGCAAAUUCCAUCGUGUGAUCAAGGACUUCAUGAUCCAGGGUGGAGACUUCACCAGGGGAGAUGGCACAGGAGGAAAGAGCAUUUAUGGUGAGCGCUUCCCUGAUGAAAACUUCAAGCUGAAACACUAUGGGCCUGGCUGGGUGAGCAUGGCCAACGCAGGUAAAGACACCAACGGCUCCCAGUUCUUCAUCACUACCGUCAAGACAGCCUGGCUAGACGGCAAGCAUGUAGUGUUUGGCAAAGUUCUAGAGGGCAUGGAGGUGGUGCGGAAGGUGGAAAGCACCAAGACAGACAGUAGAGACAAGCCCCUAAAGGAUGUGAUCAUUGCAGACUGUGGCAAGAUCGAGGUGGAGAAACCCUUUGCCAUCGCCAAGGAGUAGGGCCCCAGGGACCACUGAGCAACCCUCUGUGCAGGCCCUGUUGCCCUUGCCGGGGAGAAGGUAGCCCAUCACAGGGCUCCAUGCUGCACUGGCCCUAGUGCCAGCAUCUGAUGGAGCAGGCCCACUCCCCUCACAUUCCAUAGGCCCAGUUUUGUAACAAACUCAUAUGUUGACCAAUUAAAAGAAAAGUGGGGUUUUUUUUGUAUAA